AAUGCGUGAUAGGUAGGAUCGGAAAAGGCGGACUUUCCAGUUGAGUCCUUGAUUAGAAGGAAAAAAAUGAGUGUAGCUCGAAUCACAUAGAAUACAGAGAGAGAGAGAGAGAGAGAGAGAGGGUGGAGACAUUGUUGAUGGAAGUGGUUUGAGUCACGGUGAUCGAAAACCUUCGUGGGAGAAUGUAAAUCGCGAAUGGAUCGUACGAGCUCGGACUUGAUUCACGUGAUGCUUCGUACUCGUUCUUCGGACAAAACUUUGUGCUCCUACAAGAAAAACGUCAGUUCAAAUUGGAGAUCACCGACGAGGACAGACAUUCCUUCGAUACGCACCACGAUUAUUGAUUCGAUCGAUAAAUAAAAACUUUAGUGAAAAUGAGCGAAAAGGAGGAAAACGUUUACUAUGAUUUCGCGAUGAAACUUACGCUGGAAGCUGCUCAGAUUUUGAGAAGCGCCAUCACCGACAGUAAAACGAUUGACGAAAAAUUGGGCAACUGGGAUCUCGUGACCCAAUACGACCGUAAGAUCGAGGACGUGAUCGUCGGGAAGUUGAAAAAAAAGUUUCCCAAUCACAGGUUCAUCGGCGAAGAAUCGACGGGCGCAAAUCUGCCAGAAUUAACGGACGAUCCAACCUGGAUAAUAGACCCGAUCGAUGGCACGACCAAUUUCAUUCACGGUUUCCCGCACACCUGCGUCGUAAUUGGUCUCGCGAUAAACAAAGAAAUGCGCAUAGGAAUCGUGUACAAUCCCAUACUCGAACAGCUGUUCACGGCGAGGAAGGGACGCGGUGCAUUUCUCAAUGGGCGACCGAUCCAAACAUCCAAAAUUCAAGACAUGUCGAAAGCUCUCAUCUGCCUGGAACCCGGUUUCAUUAAGGUCGACAGUUUGAGGGAGAAAAUGAUGGAAAGAAUUCAUGCGAUCGCCAAAGAAGCUCAAGGAAUACGAACGCUCGGUGUCGCUGCCAUAACUUUGUGUUACGUGGCCCUGGGAGUCGUCGAAGGUUAUCCCAUCGAGGGGCCAGCAAUCUCGACCUGGGACAUUGCGGCAGCGUCCCUGAUCAUAUCGGAAGCUGGAGGCGUCGUAGUAGACCGUGUGACAGGUAACAAAGUCGAUCUGAUGAAACCGAGGGCGAUUGGUGCUUGCAAUGAAAAAAUCGCCAGGGAGCUCGUCAGAAUCCUCGGGGAAGCUGACAGGAGAGUCGAGCUGCGAGGAAAAUAGUCCUUCGGUCCACGCUUUCAUCGUUUUCUUCAACAUUUUUAAUUCCCUUUUUAACGACCCUGAAGUUUGCAACGUUCGAGUCCCUCCAAUAAUUCCAGUAGCUCUUCAAUUUCGUUUCCUGCCGAAUUUUCAAUUCGUUGUUUUUCAAGCUGCACCGAUCCCUCGUGAAAUAAAAAAUUGGUCAAUUGCAAAUGCUUUUUUUCUUCGUUUCGUUGGACUCCAACGUUGCGGACUUCAGCGUCGUCUUUUUUAACUUUGCGGUGUAAAACGAUGAUUUUGGUUGAAAAAAAUAUAGAAUUUUUCGUUAA